UCAUAAAAUGUCACGCAAAUGCAAAGUUGACUAUCAUUAAAUUUGUUAGAAUUUGCGCCAUCGAUAUUAAUAACAAAGGUACAAUUAUAAGCUAUUUCUUGACCUUUUGGUCGAGUGGAAGGAGCUUGUUUCCUUAAGCAACAUCGAGUUCGAGUACUGUGAAUGUAAAAAUAGGUGUUGGGACAGCUUCUCCACAUGAGGUCUGACCCGGCUCGAUUCUAGAUUAGUCAGGUAAAAUGUGGUUUCUGAAUAGCAGAAGGUUAGUAAAAAAAAAAAAAAAAAAGCUAUUUCUUUUACCUGUUCAAAGAGUGGGGACGGCAAAUGGCGAGUGCACGUUUGACUUCGAUCCUCUUUCCACCGCCGAUUCGUCUCUUGAUCACCACCAUCUUCAUAUCAUGCCUCGCGAUCGACGCUCAGGACUUCACCUUCCAAGAAGCGACCAUCGAUGACAUCCAGAGGGCCUUCGCCGAUAACCGGCUAACGUCAGUCCAACUCGUGGACUUUUACUUGCGCCGGAUCGAGACUUUGAAUCCGAUGCUGCGCGGCGUGCUGGAAAUCAAUCCUGACGCGCGGGAACGAGCGGUGGAAGCUGAUCGGGAGAGGAGUGAUCUGAGCCGCUUACCGUUGGGGCCGCUGCACGGUGUUCCGGUACUGUUGAAGGACACCAUUGCGACGAAAGAUAAGAUGAAUACGACGGCGGGAUCGCACGCUCUGUUGGGAUCGGUGGUGCCUCGGGACGCUGGCGUGGUGGAGAAGCUGAGGAGCGCCGGGGCUGUGAUAUUGGGGAAAGCUAGUCUCACUGAGUGGUACUCUUUUCGGGCCCUAGGAAAAAUUCCUAAUGGCUGGUGCGCAAGAGGUGGACAAGGACAGAAUCCUUAUGUGCCAUCAGGAGAAACCUGUGGGUCAAGCAGUGGAUCAGCUAUUUCAGUAGCUGCAAACAUGGUGGCAGUGUCACUGGGGUCUGAAACUCAUGGUUCUAUCCUCUGUCCAUCUGAUCAUAACUCUGUAGUAGGAUUCAAGCCAACUAUUGGACUAACCAGCCGAGCUGGUGUUAUUCCAAUUCUCCCUCAGCUCGACACAGUUGGGCCAAUUGCAAGAACAGUGUCUGAUGCAGUAUACUUACUGGAAGCAAUUGUGGGAUAUGACCCGAGAGACGAUGAAGCUACGUCAGAAGCGGCUAAAUACAUCCCUGAGGGAGGUUAUAAGCAGUUUCUCAACCAAGAUGGGGUCAAAGGAAAGAGAUUAGGGGUCAUCAGACAGCCCUCUACAAAUAAAUCCAUUUUCAUUUCAGCUUUUGAGAGUCAUCUUAACACACUCAGAGAAAGGGGAGCAAUGAUAGUGGAUGAUCUAGAAAUACCAAACAUGAAUAUUAUCUCAAAUCCUGGCAAAAGUGGUGAACUAACAACAAUGCUGGCCGGGUUCAAGAUCUCUGUAAAUGAAUACCUGAAAGAGCUUGUUGCUUCUCCAGUGAGGUCACUUGCAGAUGUUAUUGCUUUCAAUGAAAAUAAUCCCGAGCAGGAGAAGACUAAAGAGUAUGGUCAGCACACUUUCAUUGCAUCAGAAAAUACUAAUGGUAUGGGACAGAAGGAAAGGCAGGCAAUAGAGUUGAUGAAGAAAUUGUCAAGAGAUGGAAUUGAGAAAACAAUGGAAGAAAAUAAAUUGGAUGCCAUAGUGACGCCCGGUACAUAUUGCAUCUCUAUGCUUGCACUUGGAGGUUAUCCAGGCAUCACUGUUCCAGCCGGUUAUGACAGCAACGGAAUGCCAUUUGGGAUCUGUUUUGGAGGGUUGAAGGGUACAGAACCAAAGCUAAUUGAGAUUGCUUAUGCUUUUGAACAAGCUACAUUGGUAAGGAGACCUCCUUUCUCCAGAUCACUUGAAAUGAACACGGAAUUUUACUUUGCAAGUGCAUAAAUGAUGCCAACUGUACCAACUUGUAACAAGGCUGUAAACUUGUUGAAGCAAAAUAAUAGAAGGGAAGAAUGCUAUAGAUUCAAAAGCAGUAUUAGAACAAUCUUCCGGCGAAACCCGGCAUGGAUUUUGUCAUUCCGUACUUUGUAUUUAGAAUAUUUGAUGUUUGAAUGGUAUAUACUAAAUGAGGAGUUGACACUCUCAACCGGAUAGGCUGCACGUUGAAAUCCCAGUUGUAUUUAGUCAUUCAAAUAAUUCAAUACAGAACUGUAUUUUAC